AUGGGUUCCAAUCUGGAAGAUGAUGGCUAUUGGAAUCGUUCUGGUCGGGCAUUCAACUUCGAUGAUGAUAACGAGGAUAUCGAUUUGAAGUCGCUCGAAAUAAGUGUGGAUAUUAGCAGUGGUGGCGGUGGAGGAGGCAUCGCAAUCGCAUCUGGCGGCAUACUCAAUGAUGAUACAAUUUCCGAGGCAAGCUUUGACAAUACAGCCAGUUCCUAUAAUCUCUCAAUUAAAUCGCUAAUUUCCGAUGAGGAAUUAAAACUCCUCUUGGAUGAACAAUCAAUGGAUGAUAACAUGAUACCGAAGGGAAUGAAACCUGAGGAGGAAUUAAAACUGCUACGAAGACAAAUUCAAAACACCCUGUACACACCCUCGCCAAUGGCCACGGCCCGAAAAUUACUGCAAGGGAAAAUUGUUGGCUUUGAGGUAUUUAAAUCUUUGCAGGAUAAACAACAACUUUUAGAUGCGGUCAUUGAAAUUGGGUGCCCUGGAGAUUCCCUACUCAACGUUAUUCUCUUUCUGGAUAAAACUUUAAAUCGUAAAGACUUCCUGGAGAUUUUAAAGACUCGCCCAAAGGCCCUACAACAUUAUUUGCAAUAUUUGUCACAACGUCAUGUGGAAGAGGCCAUUGAUUUACUCAAAGAUUUGGGUAGAUAUAAUGAAGCUAUGCUGCUGGAAUUUCAAACAGUUCUCUGUUUGCAAUCGAUGACCGAACGCAAGGCCAAACUGCAAGCCAUGAUGAGCCAUUGUGCCAAUAAUCGUGUUUGCGGUCUUUACCAACAAAUAUUGCAUGCCUCUCUGAAACUAUUCGCCUUGGUCGAGGCCGAACGGAAUACUCUACACAAUAUGGUUGAUGUUAAUUCCAGUCCAGUAGAGGUUCUAUAUGCCUGUUGUGCCAAAAACACCAAUUGGAAAGAUCCUGAUAUCACACAAAUCAUCUCACCCUAUCGUCUGUGCAAUGAUCAACAUAUUUCCGCAGGACAAUUUGAUUGGACAGCCCUUAAUGAGCGGGCAAGAUCUCAGGCAUAUGCUGACCUCCAGCACAUUUUCGAACAAGUACCCACAUGGCAUCCCAUUAAGCAAAAACAAUUUCACAUUAAUAUCUCCUUGGAAUUGGCUAUAAUGAGGUUACAUGAACUGGGUGCACCUCCCUCCGUUAUCUAUAUGUUCCUCUCGAAUAUGAGUACGGCCAGUGAUAAAUUAGAAUUGGCUAAACGUGUUAAAUGUACCAAGGCCAUAAUUGAUGCACUCACCACCCUCAAAGAUGUUCCACAACUUCUGCAAAUACGUGAAUCUCUGCCCGAACGUUCAGAGGAACAAUUCUAUUGUGAUAAUGCCAUCAAAAAUGUUCAAACUAAACGUUGGACUACCGAUAGCAUUAAAUUGAAAUUGUAA